AUGCCUCUUGCAAGUCACGUCAACCCUGAGGAUAUCGUCCAACGAUUGCAGGCAACCCACAUCACGCCCGCCGGACAUGCCAACAUUCUCAGCCAUGCUACCUCUGCACACAUCCAGCCCUAUGAUAGUCGCUACACCAGUCAAACAAACAUCCCCAAGUACAAAAUCCCCGAUGAAGGUGCCCCGGGAGAUACUGUUUUCCAAAUGAUCAGGGAUGAACUGGAUCUCGACGGGAAGCCCAACCUCAACCUGGCGAGUUUCGUCGGUACUUGGAUGGAGCCUAAUGCCACCCAGCUCAUGCAGGAGAACCUGUCCAAAAAUCUGUCUGAUGCAGACGAGUACCCCGCCAUGAUGGACAUGCACCAGCGCUGCAUUAGCAUCAUCUCGCACCUCUGGGGCGUCCAGCCUGGCGAGAAAGCCAUUGGUUCUGCGACCACCGGCUCGUCAGAGGCCAUCCACCUCGGCGGCCUCGCCAUGAAGCGGAGAUGGCAGAUCAAGCGCAAGGAGCAGGGCAAGGACGCCUCAAAACCCAACAUCCUCAUGGGCUCCAACGCCCAGGUUGCGCUCGAGAAAUUCGCGCGCUACUUUGACGUCGAGGCCCGCAUCCUGCCGGUCAGCAAGAAGAGCCACUACCGCCUGGAUCCGGCCCUUGUGAGGGAGAACGUGGACGAAAACACCAUCGGCGUCUUCGUCAUCCUUGGCAGCACGUACACGGGCCACUAUGAGCCCGUCGAGGAGAUUUCCCAGAUCCUUGACAAGUACCAGGACGAGACCGGCAUCGAUAUCCCCAUCCACGUCGACGCUGCGUCUGGUGGUUUCAUUGCCCCUUUCACCCACGCAGGUGUCGGCGGGUCCAAGUGGAACUUCGAGCUCCCUCGUGUCAAGUCGAUCAACGUCUCCGGGCACAAGUAUGGCCUCGUCUACGCCGGCCUGGGCUGGAUCAUCUGGCGCGACCAGUCCUUCCUGCCAGAGGACCUCAUCUUCGAGCUGCACUACCUCGGCGGCACCGAAAAGUCCUUUACCCUGAAUUUCUCUCGCCCUGGCGCUCAGGUCAUCGUCCAGUACUACAACCUCAUCCACCUGGGCUUCGACGGUUACCGCUCCAUCAUGGAAAACUGUCUCUCCAACGCUCGCCUUCUUGCCCAGAGCCUAGAGGCCACGGGAUGGUACAUCGUCGUGUCCGACAUCCACCGUCGUGCCCCCCACAAGGCGGCCAGCGACGCCGUGAAGUCGAUCGUCGGCCAGGCCACCAGCACUGUCGGAGGCGAAGAUGCGGCGCCACGGGAGACUUCUGCCGAUUACGUAGCCGGCCUUCCUGUCGUCUCUUUCCGCCUGACGGACGAGUUCAAGAAGAAGUACGCGCACAUUAAGCAGGAGACCAUCUCCCUCAUGCUCCGCGCCCGCGGCUGGAUCAUCCCCAACUACCCGCUCCCGCCCAACGAGGAGAAGAUUGAGAUCCUUCGGGUCGUCAUCCGCGAAACUAUGACCUUUGACCUGCUCGAGCGUCUGCUCACGGACAUCGCCGAGGUCACCGAGGCGCUCAUCGAAAACGAUGAGAUUGAUCUGCAGGUGUUGAAGAAGCACCACAGCCGCAGACGGGUGCACGUCAAGGACGAUGAGACGAAGAACAAGAAGGACGGCGCGAAGGGCGCGGUUACGGAGUCCGGAAACGAGGUCCAGUCGAUGAAGGACGGUAUUCAUCGUGCCGUGUGUUGA